AUGAGAAUUGAAAUCGGGCUGGGCUUGAUCUUGGGCACACUGUCCAUCGUGCGUGCAGAUGAUGGCACGCAGAAGCCCCUGUCUGGCCUUGGAUCAUCGCCCUCAUCCUCAUCGAAGCGGCCCAACAUCGUCUUCGUGCUCACCGAUGACCAAGACCUGCAUCUAGGCUCCCUGGACCACACCCCUCUCAUCAAGAAGCGUCUCAUAGAUCAAGGGACAUUAUACCAGCGCCACUAUUGCACCACUGCCGUGUGCUGCCCCUCGCGCGCCAGUCUUUGGACCGGAAAGCUGGCGCACAAUACGAAUGUGACUGAUCUGAAUCCUCCCUAUGGCGGCUUCCCCAUCUUCGUGAAAAAUGGCCACAAUGAAAAUUAUCUCCCAGUGUGGCUGCAGGACGCCGGGUACAGCACCUUCUAUACGGGCAAGAUGUUCAACGCGCACACCGUCUGGAACUACGGGAACCCCCAUCUCAAGGGCUGGAGCAGCUCCGACUUCCUCCUGGACCCCAAUACAUACGACUAUUGGAACGCCACGUUUCAGCGCGAUCACGAUGUCCCCGUAAACCACCCCGGGGAGUAUUCCACAGAUCUCAUCGCCGGCAAGGCCCUUGGCUUCCUCGAAGGAGCCCUCGCCACGCCCGACAAGCCAUUCUUUCUUGCCAUUGCGCCCAUCGCCCCUCACAGUAACAUCAACAGCUCACUCCUGAUCCGUCCCCCAUCCCCGGAUUCCGUUGACUACUUCAGCUCCGCCGAGGGACUGCGGAUGACCCCUCCUGAACCGGCACCACGCCAUGCACAUUUGUUUCCUGACGCCAAGGUCCCCAGGACCGACAACUUUAACCCAGAUAAGCCGUCUGGAGCUGAUUGGAUCCGCCGCCAACCACAACUGACCGAUGAGCGGAUCGCGUAUAACGAUCGGUUCUACCGCGGCCGCCUCCAGGCCCUCCAGGCCGUAGAUGAGUUGGUUGAUGCUGUGGUAGACAGGCUCGAGGCCCAAGGAAUCCUAGACAACACUUACAUCUUCUACAGCGCCGAUAACGGCUACCACAUCAGCCAGCACCGGCUCCCACCUGGGAAGGAGUGUGGGUACGAGGAGGACAUCAAUGUCCCGCUCAUUGUCCGAGGACCCGGCGUACCUAAAGGUGCCGUUUCCAAGGCUGUUACUGCCCAUGUGGAUUUGGUCCCGACCUUUUUGUCCCUGGCUGGGGCGCCCCUGCGCGCAGACCUCGACGGCGCUCCCAUCCCCCUCUCUGCGAAGCAGCUGCAAGAUGCUCCCGGCCACCGGGAGCACGUGAAUGUUGAAUUUUGGGGAUUCGCCGGAGGCGAGGCCAACUACGACCUGACCGGAUCUAUUGGUGGCAGGAUUUUGAACAAUACCUACAAGGCUCUGAGGGUGGUCGGCGAAGGCUACAAUCUGUAUUACUCGGUUUGGUGUACCAACGAGCAUGAGCUUUAUGACAUGACUAACGACCCUGGCCAGCUCACGAAUCUUCUCCAUGCCGACGAAGCUGCAUCCAAGGCAACUAGCCGAAUACUAGGCUAUACCCCAGACGAGGUCAUUCCGAGACUGGAUGCCCUGCUCCUGGUCCUCAAGUCGUGCAAGGGCUCAAUAUGUUCUCAGCCCUGGCGCUCAUUGCACCCUCAAGGCGAUGUCACAAGCCUGCGCGACGCACUGUCGUCGCGUUUCGACAGCUUCUAUGAGGAACAAGCCCGCGUAGAAUUCUCACAUUGCGAGAUGGGACAAAUCAUCUCGGCCGAAGGACCGCAGUUUGAGCAUGAUGGCAACGUCUACUGGGAAGGCACACGUUGGAGCGACUGGACGUAG